AUGCGGCCAAUCCUGAUCAUUUCACUGUUUGCGGCCACCAUAUCCAGCCAUCGUCUAUUCUAUAUCCAUCGCGGAUCGGAGCAUUACAUAGCCACCGAGAACGUGCCCACGCAAGGUUACAUGAAGAUCGACGAUGAGAAAGCCCAACUCUUCAAACGAGUGUGGCUAUUCCGAUCGACGGAACUCAAGGUAGAUGACACAUUGGAGGUCACCGCGGAGCACAAGCAGCCGACAUUCUGUCUUUGCAGGAACGCUGCGACAAAUUACCUGGACCACCUGUUGGAUGACGGAUUGCUCACAGUUCAUUGCGAGCGAACAACUGGCAAGCAGCCUAAAAGCUGGACACAGGACCCGGAUACGAUAGCCAUGUGCGUGUUGUGUUUCGGCAUCGGGAUCCUGGCCGGCGUGGCGGUGAUGAUCAGUGGGGACCACGAGACCCGAUCGGCCAAAAACAAGACCAAGCAGCAGAAAUCGGCC